AUGGUCACAGUUCUACUGAUGUUGCUGUCCUGGACUGCAGGAAUCAAACUCCUCUCCACCAGGCCAUUAGGCCGAAUGUUCCAGCGAGAAUAUCCGACCCUCUGCCUUUCGAGGAGACACGCAGCCACUUUAACCUGGCAGACUACACCACCAACAAGUCAACCUCAUUGAAAGCGGCCGAUUACUCAAGAUUUUCAGACAGUAGAUCCAUUGAAAUUAUGCCCCUUUCAGCGGUUGCUGGCUCAAGGUUGUCGAGGGAUGAAACGGUGAAACCUCGUGAUCGUAUUGAACUCCCAAAGCCAGCAGGUGUGACUACGCCUAGAAACAAUCGUGUGCCAGGAAUGUCGGUUGUGGCUUUAAAGGAAGAUAUGUUGGCCAGCGCCAUGUCCACAUUCCAAAUGGCCAAGAAAGCAGCAGAGAUAUUGAACCCAGACCCACUAAACAGGAAUCCCAGAAAGCUAGCCAGCAAGAGGCACAUCUUCAUCACCGACUAG